AUAUGCUUACCCACCACCCGAUGCAAAUAUACUAGCCAACAUUACUAAUGCCCUUAUCGCUGUCCCACCGUUAUACACCCAGGUGUUGCAUCUGAUGAACAAAAUGAAUCUUCCACCUCCUUUUCGUCUGGCCCUGCCCAUACCACCUCUACCUAAAGCAGCUCCCCAACCAACUGAGUUGGAGCAUCCAUCUAGUAGCGAGUCAGAGAUGGAAUCUGAUGAGGAUACAGGUAAAUCAAAAUCCGGAAGGAAGCGUGCUAGGCAUGAAACUGCUGUUGGUCCUGGUACGGACAAGGAUGUGACACAUGAGACUGUUGGAGUGAAGCCCUCCUCCUUGACCCCAAAGGAGAUCCCUCGAAUAAGAAAGAAUAAACAUGUUAUGCAGAUCAAGAUUGCGCCAAAAGUUGGUCAAGACGAAAACAGAAAGGAUGUUGAGAAUGAUGGCCCUGCAGAAGAGAUCAUGGAAGAAAGUUCAGAUUUGAAACCCUUUGCGAGUUUAGAGGAGUUGGAGAAAGGAAGGUUGUCUCCACAUGAUAUUCUUUCACUGCCUAUGUUCAAGAACUACACAGCUGGGAAUCCAUCGCUUGUGCUGUAUAUCAAAAACCUUGCCAAAGAUGUUACUGUUGAUGAUUUCUAUUACAUAUUUGGGUCACAAUUUGGAAGCAUCGAAGCAGCUAAAUCCAGUCUUGGCGUGAGGCUGAUGCAGGAAGGGAGGAUGAGAGGGCAAGCUUUUUUGACAUUUCCAUCUGUUGAAGUGGCACAUCGUUCUCUGAAUCUUGUAAAUGGCUUUGUGUUCAAAGGAAAACCAAUGAUAAUCCAGUUUGGCAGAAAUCCUGGAGCAGCCAAGCCAAACGAAUGA